GUAACACUUCUGAAGAUAAUUCAAACUCGAGUGCGUCGACAGUAUCUUCUAUUGCGACACUCAGACCACCUAAAGGUCACACUAAGUCCGCCUCUAUAUCUGUUGCGGGACGUAAUAAGAAUGAUAUGCGUCCCGAUAGUAGUACUGACUCGAGUCGCGUCGCCGGCAGCUCUUCAACAAAAGGUGCGAUCUCUCCCCUGCCUGUCGUGAACCGUGCAUUUCCGAGAGGGACAGUCAAUAGGAGCACAUUUCAUAGCGGACAGACUCGUGAGCGAAGACAACCCAAUUUUAACGGUCCCGGAGGUGUUCCCCUUCAGACUCAGGACACCUCUGGUCUCUCGAGACAGUCUUUCUUUAGUAAAUUGUCUUCAAAAUUCAGUAAAAGAACAAUGGCUGACGACACGACAAAACCGCGAAGUCUUCGGUUCACGUGGUCUAUGAAGACGACCUCUUCUCGAGAUCCGAACGAAAUAAUGCAAGAGAUUCGCAAAGUGUUGGAUAAGAAUAACUGCGAUUACGAGCAAAGG